UCCGCGCAGCCUCAGUGGCUCCUCGGGUAGCCGGAGCUUGGCCUCUCUAGGCCCGCUGGGGCCUCUGCUCCGUGGUCCCGUCCGUCUGCGCUGUUUCGGGAGACCACGGGCUGAGGCCGGGCCACGUUCGGACGCUUCGAUCCUCGCGCCCGGCGCCGGGUGGCGGGGUGACCGGAGGAGACCCAUGGCGCGGGGGCGCUGACCGAGGCGCGGGCGGCGGCCGGGCCCCGGGGCCGGCAUGGCGGGCCAGUUCCGCAGCUACGUGUGGGACCCGCUGCUGAUCCUGGCGCAGAUGGUGCUCAUGCAGACCGUCUACUACGGCUCGCUGGGCCUGUGGCUGGCGCUCGUGGACGCGCUGGUGCGAAGCAGCCCGUCGCUGGACCAGAUGUUCGACGCGGAGAUCCUGGGCUUUUCUACACCUCCAGGCCGGCUCUCCAUGAUGUCCUUUAUCCUCAACGCCCUCACCUGUGCCCUGGGCUUGCUGUACUUCAUCCGGCGAGGGAAGCAGUGUCUGGAUUUCACUGUCACUGUUCAUUUCUUUCACCUCCUGGGCUGCUGGUUCUACAGCUCCCGUUUCCCUUCGGCGUUGACCUGGUGGCUGGUCCAAGCCGUGUGCAUUGCACUCAUGGCUGUCAUCGGGGAGUACCUGUGCAUGCGGACGGAACUCAAGGAGAUCCCUCUCAACUCAGCCCCUAAAUCCAAUGUCUAGAAUGGGGCCUUUUGGACAACCACUCUGGUACUUAGCCCCCAACCACGUUGGGCUGCUCAGAGCCUCCAGAUGAGGGCCAGCCCAGGUCUGAGAGGAGCCCUGGAAAUGUGAAGUUUCUGUGGGUGGAGAGCCAGUGAGGCCCCACCAAGCAGGCAGGUAGCAGCCAGGAUCACAGCUGCAAGAAUGGCCUCUGUCUGCUGAAGCCUCAGAGGUCAGAAAGGAGACCUCUCUGAAGGCAUAACAGAUUUGGAGCUCUGUCACCCGAGCCAUCAUAUCUAUCACCAGCUGUUGUUUUAACAAAAAAAAAAAAAAAUCAAGGAUAUCUGAUUGGCGCAAACCACUCUCCCCACCCACCUCGGGACAGCUGUAACUUUUGCCUUGUUGCUGAACCACAGUGAUUGUGUUUGAGAAAAACUUGAUUUAUGGAUCCGUAGACACAGAGACAUAGGUGCAAAGUGCUAGCCUGCUGUCAGAGGAUGGCAGACAGAGGCAUCACGCAUAAGGAAAACGUGUGUGUGUGUGUGUGUGUGUGUGCGCGCGUGUGUGCGUGUGUGCGUGCGCGCGCGCACACCCCAGCACCCAUGACUGACUUCUACUUCUCUCUGCCCAGUCCCCGCUCCGCUGCCAGCCUUCAGUGCAGCAGGCCGUGGGACCCAGAGAAGAAUUCCAGCAUCCCUUCUGAUUUCACCCCCAGAAUAAAGCCACGGCCUGUCUCUGGGAACAACUGGGCACCCG